AUGAAUUUCCCUAAUGAUUAUAGUAGCUUAGCUUCUACCUCUAACAUGGGUAAUAGGAAACAAGCCGUCAUGGACCAAGUGAGAAACGAAUUAGCAUUAGCUAACGCACAAGAACUUAUUAACAAAAUCAAUGAAAAAUGUUUCUCUAAAUGUAUUACUAAACCAGGAAGCAAGCUAGAUAACAGUGAGCAGACCUGUGUUGCCAAAUGUAUGGAUCGUUAUAUGGAAGCAUGGAACAUUGUAUCUAGAGCUUACAUUAGUAGAGUUCAGAGAGAGAGUCAUUCUCAAGGAGAAAAUUUAUAA